AUGGCAGGUAGUAUGAGGCAAUUAGAAGAAAGACAACUUUUAGCUGAAGUAACACGGAUGCAAUGGUCUCCAAAAAUGGAUCUGUUAGCAAUUGCAAAUGUAAAAGGAGAAGUUACAUUGCACAGAUUAACAUGGCAAAGAGUGUGGUUGUUAAGUCCUCAAGAAGAAUCUGAUACUAUAGUGAAUCUAGCAUGGAGACCAGAUGGAAAACUUCUAGCAAUUUGUUAUGAAAGUUCUAAAUUAGUGUGUCUUGUAGAUAUUGAAAAUAAAAAUAUUAUACAUAGAAUAAAAUUGAUGUUGCACAAUGCAAUUACAUGCAUGACAUGGCUACCAUUAGCAAAUUUGGAAAAUGAUACUUCAUUAAGUGGUAACAAAGCAAAUAUGCUACCAACUGGAGAAUAUCUUCCACCUUUACCUAGCUUAAACAGAAGUUUCGGUCAAGAACCAGAACGCAAAGAAUUUUUAUCUCAAACUUUGGACAUACUUUUUCUUGGCUUAGAUGAUGGAAACGUUGCAAUGUAUGUAUUUGGAAUGUUCUACUGUGGUACAAUUUCUAUUGGUCAUGGCCAAAUAUUAGAAAUUAGUGGAGGAGUUGAUAAAUUAAUGUGGAUCACAUGGAAAGAUAAUAAUGGCAUCAAAGCAAGUAGAUUAUGUUGUCCAUUGUUAGAACAAAGCACAGCAUUUUUAAAGGUAGCACAGGCUCAAGCUAAUAUUGAGUACUUGAUGGAUUAUCUUUCACGUACAUUAAUGGCAAUAUCUGAAGCGUGGGAAACAAUUCUUUUGGAAAUGGACGAGAAGCUUGCGCGAUAUGCGGAAACAAAUCCACCCGGUGGAGUUGCUGCAGAUUUUCUAGAAUUAUUAAUGAUUGGUAUACCUACGCAAAACUUAGAGAAUUUUUUGCUACGUGAUUUAACUGAAAAGGGUUUAAAAAAGUUGGGACACAGUAUUGAAAUGUGUUACAGCAAUAUACAGAAAUUAGUCUUAAAAAAUUUAACUAGUGUUGGAAUGGCCCUGGUAUAUCAAUUAGCUGAAAUGAGAGGAAUGGUCAGAUUAGGUGGUCCAUAUGAAUUACUAGGACUCACUGACGAAAGUAUUAUAACUAAUGCUCUCCAUGCAUCAGAAGCUUUUCUAGCAAAAUCUUCUGAAAUUCAACAAGUGAUAGAUCACAGUAUGCGUGAUUAUAAAGCCUUCUUCCGGUGGCUGUACGUUGCCAUUUUAAGAUUAUCAGAUGAAAGAAUACCAUCUGAAGUAAGUCGCGUGAGCCAACAAGAAUUAACAUUUAUAGCAGAAUUUUUACGCGGUUUUGAUAAAACUGAACCCGGCGUUGGAGCAAGGAAAGGAGUAAAUUUAGAAAAGUUAGGUCAAUACUUACGACGGGAAAAUUUACAAAUUUGUUUAACUCCCGAAGGAAGCGAAUGGGCUACCAUGCUCGAUGAAAAUCAUUGCCUUCGCGAUCAUCCACUUAUUGUGAAACAAGAUCUUAAUUAUUCUUUAUUGCAGUCUCAUGCGAAAUUGAUUACUGCCAUACAUAAUGUAUUUCGUGAAUCUUAUCAAGGCCUAGUUGAACAUUUCACCAUAUCAAAUAUUGCUUUAUCACCAUCUAUAGGAUUUACAUCGUCACAAAUUACAACAAAUAAUGAUGGUUUGUUAGUAGCUACAUGUGAUGUAGAUCAUAAAAUAUUGAGAUUGUUUAAAGUUGAAUGUUCAUCCAUGGAACCUAUUUCUCUCAAUUUUAAGUUGGCUACAAUAGAUACAGAUCAUAAAACAGAAUCUUAUUCCAAAGCGUACUUAGAUUAUACUGUAGUUGAUUUACAAUUUUACUCUAGUGAAUAUCUUAGUUUAUUGUUACUUAACAAGCAUACGCACGCAUCAUACCUUGUACAGUUACCAUUGAAUAAUGCUCGAAUUUUUGAAAAUCAAGAUCAGAAUGUACUUAGUUUAGUAGAUCUUUUAGGUAACAGUUGGCCACGGCCUUUUCAAGGUAUAUCUGCUAAAAAAAUAGCAGUCAGCGGUGCACGAAAAGUAGCCGCUGUUUUAAAUGAAAAUAAUAGGAAAAUAAGAUUACUAGAAACUGAAGUGGAACCUGAAGAAGAGGAUGAUGAAGAAGACGAAGAUGAUGGAACUAAUGAUAGUAUGUUAGAUACUACUCAUGGAAUAACUGCAAGUUCUCAAUAA